AUGAUUGCCUCAUCAAACACUGACAGACCAGGUCGAACCACACGUGAUGAUUUCAAACACGAAGGAACAAUAGCUGGUUUGUACGACCUGGGAGAAACCAUUGGCAAGGGACAUUAUGCCGUCGUUAAGCUGGCCCGCCAUGUCUUCACUGGCGAAAAAGUGGCUGUGAAAGUGAUUGACAAAUCUCGUUUGGAUGAAAUUUCAAAGUCCCACUUGUUUCAGGAAGUGAGGUGCAUGAAGUUGGUACAGCAUGCAAAUGUUGUCAAACUUUACCAAGUUAUUGAUACUCAGUCAAAGCUCUACCUAAUUUUGGAGCUUGGUGAUGGUGGGGACAUGUAUGAUUACAUUAUGAAACAUGAAAAAGGUUUGUCAGAAGAACUGGCAAGGCAUUAUUUCUUGCAAAUUGUUAAUGCUAUAGACUUUUGUCACAAACUGCAUGUUGUCCAUAGAGAUUUGAAACCGGAAAAUGUUGUCUUCUUUAAAAAAACUGAUACAGUCAAAUUAACAGACUUUGGCUUCAGCAACAAAUUUGUACCUGGCAACAAAUUGGACACUUCAUGUGGGUCCCUUGCCUAUUCUGCUCCUGAAAUUUUAUUAGGAGACUCAUAUGAUGCUCCUGCUGUUGACAUCUGGAGCAUGGGGGUGAUAUUGUACAUGCUGGUCUGUGGGCAGGCACCAUUCCAAGAGGCCAAUGAUAGCGAAACUCUGACCAUGAUCAUGGACUGCAAGUACAACAUCCCUGGCAACAUCUCGGAGUCCUGCAAGGAUUUGAUAAAGAAAAUGUUAGUACGAGAGCCGUGUGACCGAGCCAAACUUGAGGACAUCAUGGCACAUCCCUGGUUGAAUGCCAGUGGGGCAGUUAUCCCUCAGGAAGUCGAAGUACCCCUGGUCUGUCAGAAGGAGUUGUCCAUUGAGGACCACAACUGCAUUGUCGAGAAGAUGAUCAAUGGCAACUUUGCUACUGUGCACGACAUUUCUGAGUAUGUAUCAAUAUGCGUGAAUAUGAACCUCAUUUUUCUUUUUAUAUAUUUAGAAAUUCAUUCAUUGAAUAUUGUGACCAUAAUAAUUGUUUGA